AUGUCUUCACUAAAAGUCAUAAAGAAUCGUAUAAAAUCCGUGGAGAACACGAGAAAAAUCUCAAGAACAAUGAGAUUAGUGUCAGCGGCGAAGUAUGCAAAAGCAGAACGUGAACUAUUAAGUGCGAGGCCUUUUAGCACUAGUCCCCAGAUUUUUUUUGAGACUACAGGACUCACUUCAGACCCUAAACCAGACCCCAGGUUAGUCCUAGCCGUGAGUGGAGACCGAGGGCUCUGUGGAGCUAUUCAUUCAGGCAUUGCAAAAGCUGUUCACAUGUCAAUCGAAUCCUUAAAGGCGGAUACGAGUUCUCCGACCAAGUUAAUUUGUAUUGGAGAGAAAUCCAGGGUAAUUUUAUCCCAAGUUUAUGCCAAAAAGAUCCUCUGGAUUGCCUCGGAAAUCGGGAAGAAACCGUCAACAUUCAUUGAUGCAAGUCAAAUAGCCGAGAGGAUUCUGGAAUCGAUGGAGGAUUACAAAUUCCCACAGAUACAAGUUUACUAUAACAAAGUUAUCAGCGCAAGUGCUUACACCGUGUCCACUUUGAACCUCUUCGACCGUUCUGCAAUAAUAUCCGCCCCGAAAUUUGCUCUCUACGAUGCUCUAGACGACAACAUUAUGGACUGUUGGAUCGAAUUCGCAAUCGUAACGAUGAUUUACUUAGUCCUAAAGGAGGGAUCAUUGGCUGAACACGCAGCACGCAUGACAGCCAUGGAAAAUGCAACUAAAAAUGCAUCCGAAAUGAUAAAACGACUAGAGUUGGAGUACAAUAGGACGAGGCAGGCUGUUAUCACUGAAGAACUCAUUGAAAUUAUUUCCGGCGCCAGUGCCAUUCAAUAA